UAGUUUUCUGUAUUUAAUCGGCCAACUAAAAGUCGCCACUGGUGGGAAAAAUGACAUCGUGACGUUUCAGCAGCAGCAGCCUCUCGGAGUAUCCAAGAGUCCCCAUGGAUGACCUGACCAAAGCCCUGUCAGCCAGCUUUGCUGUGUCCAAGGAUCCCAACAGUACAGCCGCCCCCCACCCUCGGCUGGCCCAGUACAAGAGCAAGUACAGCGUGCUGGAGCAGAGCGAGCGGCGCCGACGCUUCCUUGACCUGCAGAAAAGUAAACGUUUAAACUACGUCAACCAUGCGCGGCGUCUGGCUGACGGGGACUGGACGGGGGCAGACAGCGAUGGAGAGGAGGACAUGGAAAAACAGAACGAGGGGGAACGGGAGCAAGAUGGCAACGCAGAGGAAGAGGGGAUGGAGGUUGAGAGGAGGAAGCUGCCGAAACAUUAUGCAAACCAGCUCAUGCUGUCAGAGUGGCUGGUGGAUGUGCCAUCAGAACUGGACACUGAUUGGCUGAUGGUGGUCUGUCCCAUGGGGAAAAGAUCUCUCAUUGUUGCCUCAAAGGGUUCCACUGCAGCUUACACUAAAAGCGGCUACUGUGUGAAUCGUUUCCCCUCCCUGCUGCCCGGUGGAAACCGACACAACUCAGCCAUGGGAAAAGACUACACAAUCCUGGACUGCAUUUACAGUGAGGUGGACAGAACGUACUACAUCCUGGAUGUCAUGUGCUGGAGAGGCCACCCGGUGUAUGACUGCCCGACUGAGUUCCGUUUCUACUGGCUCCAGUCCAAAGUCCAGGAGGCGGACGGCCUAUCAGAAAUCGCCAAACGCAACCCUUUCCGGUUUGUGAGCCUCCAAAGUACUGACUGCACAGCAGAGCUGAUUCAGAAAGCUCUGGCAGCUGAGUACAACUUCAGCGUGGAUGGUCUCCUGUUCUACCACCGGCAGACCCACUACACCCCUGGCAGCACCCCUCUGGUGGGCUGGCUUCGCCCCUACAUGGUCACCGACAUCCUGGGCAUAGAGGUUCCAGUAGGACCCCUCACCACCAAGCCCGAUUACGCCGGCCACCAGCUGCAGCAGAUCCUGGAACACAAAAAACCAUCAAAUGAAGUCCGCCCGGCCAACAGAAGCGGAGGCUAUGAGUUAGAGUACCUGUCCACCCCAAGCCAGGACAGUGGGGACACUGUGAACUUUCUGAAUCAGAAGCCAAUAAGGGAAGCACACAUGGAGCUCUGAGUGGGAGGCUUAACGAGAUGCAAAUUGCCAACUCAGUGUUUCUGAGUGGUGGCGGCCCACAUAUGGCUCUUUAGAAUGUCUGCUGAAUGGUUUUGCAGAUCUGACCAAUUGCAAAGCAUGGCUAAUUCUAAUCCGGCACUGCUCAGGACGCCCUCAGAGUGCAGAUUAGUAGAGCUACGCUAUAUGUGAUUUUAUAACUCAGGUCUGCCAUUAACAUCAUUACUUCUACCUGCUGCAGAACCCCGAAACAGAUCAGUUUACUCGAGAAUAAUUGCACAGUAGUUGGCCACUAUAAUUACUUAGUCACCAGUCUCUAAUGCAAAUCCUUUAAUAACACCAUACGUAGUCACAUACGAUCAAAAAAGAGGACGAGAGGUUUGUGCGAUAUACUGCAAAGCGCAGCUCAGUAAAUUUUGUGGUCAAGUGUUAGUUUGCUUUUCUCUCACAUAAGACACAUCUUUACCGUUGUCAGUUGACUGCAGGUUUUUCUCCACCCAUCACUGAUGCUUACUCGCCAAAAAUAGUUUUUGAGCUUGAACAACAGUAAUGGAGCCCUCUGUGUUUUUAGGAAGGUGAGGUUUUGUUGACGGUUUAGAACCUGUGAGUUGCUAUCAUGCUGAACAGCAGCAGUGACAUGGACUUUUAAUGUUAAAUUUAAAAUUGCCUAGAAGAUGUUUUAAAGUGUAUGUUACUUAAUAAAUGUUUUUUUAUUGGCCUAUA